UGUAUUUUGAGGCCUUGAAGAGAAGAGUAUGGAUAGAGAUAAUGGGCUAAUGGCAGCAGGCAUAAACCACAUUCCCUUCCUUGCAUCCUUUUCCUUACAGAGAUUCUUCCUCCUCCCCCUCUCUUUAUUCGUAUGUCUAUGAAUCCACUUCUUUCAGCUUCUUUUCCAGUUAAUUUUGUUCUUUGCACUGUUAGUCCUAAUCAGAAUUCAUGCUCUACUCUUCCUUCUGGCCUUAUCACACUAGACUACACUUGAGAAAGCAGAGAGCUUAACUUGCUUUCAUGAUGUUGUUAAACCCUUUGGUUCUUUGUUAGGAUAUAAGCCCAUAUUGUCACCAAUCAAGGAUUUUGAUUCUUCCCCACAUCUCCCUUCUCAGAAUCUUUGGUUUCAUUUUCUGGGUUUGUAGCAGAACUUGGAAUCUUUGUUCUGGGUCCUGAAAGCUUGAUGAAAAGCUUCAAAUUUGGCCAUUUGAAGCUCUAGCAGGUAUCUGGUUUUUAGGGAUUCCUAUUCAUUCUUACUUGUGGCUGCCUGUGAAAUUCUAUCUUCUUAUCUCGUUUCAUCCCUUUUUGAUAAGACAGCAUCUAGCUGCUUUUUUUUUUUUUUUUGGUUCCACUUGGUUUCCCCCCGUUCCAGUGGGGUUUUAGUGCCUUCCAGACUUCGCCUGGCGUCUUAUUUCUUCCAAGUUUUGAACUUUUUUGUUUUAUUGCCCUUCUUUUACCCAUGUUGGGUUUUUACUCGACAGCUUCUGUAGAAUUUUGAGUUAGUGGGAAUUCCAUCUUUCCAGCUGGAACGAGCUUAACUCCUGAGUUGGUUACUGUUUUGGAUGAGUUUACUUCAUGUCCUUGGCUUUGGCUUAAAACUCGGGCAUCUCCUCUUGUUGUUAUGCUGCUGGGUUGUGUCGGUAAUUUCAAUGAAUUCCUUCAUAGAUAGCGAAAUUGAGCCAUCCAAUUCUUCUGCUUCUGCUGCUGCUGCUAAUUUGCUUGGCGGUAAGAUGUGGCUGAAACUGUGGGAGAAGAUCUCAGUGAACAGUAGCAAGAUCCACCAGGUCCUUGAGGCGAAGAGUGUGCAGAAAUCCUUCUGGAAAAAGCUUUUACGGUCUUGGGCAGUUUUUUGGAUAGUGGCUUGUGCAUUGAUGUUUCGUUUCUUCAACAACCAAGCAAUCGACAAGAGGAAAGAGACUCUUGGUAGCAUGUGUGAUGAGAGAGCUAGGAUGUUGCAGGAUCAGUUCAAUGUUAGUAUGAACCAUGUUCAAGCCAUGUCCAUCUUGAUCUCCACCUUUCACCAUGGCAAGAACCCUUCUGCUAUUGAUCAGAGAACCUUUGCCAAGUACACAGAAAGAACAGCUUUCGAGAGGCCAUUAACAAGUGGUGUGGCAUAUGCUGUGAGGGUCCUUCACUGGGAAAGGGAGAAGUUCGAGAAGCAACAAGGCUGGUCCAUUAGGACGAUGAACACUGUUCAACAAAAUCCAGUUCAGAAGGACGACCAUAUGCCAGAGAAGUUGGAGCCAUCUCCAGUCCAGGAGGAAUAUGCUCCGGUGAUCUUGGCGCAAGAUACUGUUGCUCAUGUGGUUUCUCUUGAUAUGUUGUCUGGAAAAGAAGACCGCGGCAAUGUGCUACGAGCAAGAGAAUCUGGGAAGGGGGUACUAACUGCUCCUUUUAGGUUAUUGAAAACCAAUCGCCUUGGUGUAAUUUUGACAUUUGCUGUCUAUAAAAGGGAUCUCCCUCCGGAUGCAACUCCACGGGAGAGAGUGGAAGCUACUGAUGGGUAUUUGGGAGGUAUCUUCGACAUUGAGUCACUAGUUGAGAAGCUACUUCAACAGCUCGCCAGCAAACAAACCAUCUUGGUGAAUGUAUAUGAUACAACUAAUCGUUCUCACCCGAUCAGUAUGUAUGGCUCGAAUGUAUAUGUCGACAAAUUGGAGCAUGUGAGCGCCCUUAACUUCGGUGACCCCUUUCGAGACCAUGAAAUGCGGUGCAGAUUCAAGCAAAAAGCCCCAUUGCCGUGGCUUGCAAUAACGACUUCCGUUUCUACCCUUGUGAUUACUUUACUCAUUGGAUACAUAGGCUAUGCAACUAUGAAUCGUAUGGCCAAAGUACAGGAGGAAUACGAUGAGAUGAUUGAGUUAAAGAAAAGGGCUGAGGCUGCUGAUGUUGCAAAGUCUCAGUUUCUUGCUACUGUCUCUCACGAGAUCAGGACCCCAAUGAAUGGUGUACUAGGAAUGUUAGAUAUGCUUUUAUACACUGAUCUUGAUGUGACGCAACAAGACCAUGUCCGAACUGCACAGGCUAGUGGAAAAGCUCUUGUCUCACUUAUCAAUGAGGUGUUGGACCAAGCAAAGAUAGAGUCUGGGAAACUUGAUCUUGAAGCCGUACGGUUCGACCUUAGAGCCAUUAUGGAUGAUGUGUUGUCUCUCUUCUCUGGAAAGUCUCAGGAGAAAGGGGUUGAGUUGGCCGUUUAUAUCUCUCACCGUGUUCCUGAUACACUCAUCGGUGAUCCGGGAAGGUUCCGACAAAUUAUCACCAACCUCAUGGGAAAUUCAAUAAAAUUCACUGAGAAAGGACACAUUUUGGUUACCGUGCAUCUUGUUGAGGAAGUGAUGGAAACCACAGAUAUUGAAAGAGAAGCAUUAUCAAGGAAGACAUUGAGCGGGUUUCCUGUGCCAGAUAGACGCCGUAGUUGGGCAGGAUUCAGAAAUUUCAGUCAAGAUGGAUCCAAUUGCUCUUUCUCUCCCGACCUUAUCAAUGUAAUAGUGUCGGUGGAGGAUACAGGAGAAGGUAUUCCUCAAGAAGCUCAUUCUCGUAUCUUCACUCCUUUUGUUCAAGUUGGUCAAUCCAUCUCUAGAAAACAAGGAGGAACUGGAAUUGGCCUUAGCAUAAGCAAAUGUUUGGUGACCUUAAUGAAUGGGGAAAUCGGAUUCGUGAGCAUACCAAAGGUUGGUUCGACCUUCACAUUUACUGCCAUAUUUACAAAUGGUUGUUCGAAGCUCAGCCAAUCUAAGAUGGCGUACCCAGAGUUUCAAGGCAUGAGAGCCUUGGUCGUCGAUUCUAGGCAAGUUAGAGCCAAGGUCUCGAUAUACCAUGUGCAAAGGCUUGGAAUUCAAGUAGAAGUAGUUCCUACUUUGGACCAAGCUUUGUCUAGUAUAAGUACUGGGGACACAGUUUUCAGCAUGGUCCUAGUUGAACAAGAUGUUUGGGAUGUAGAUUCAACAGUUGCUUCUCUCUUUGUCAACAACUUACGAAAAUUGGACCACCAGCGUUGUCCAAAGCUAUUCCUCCUUGCAAACUCUGUCAACUAUUCCAAAACAAGCACCAUGAGUCUCGAUCUUCAUGGACCGAGUACCAUCAUGAAGCCACUGAGGUCAAGUAUGUUAGCCGCAUCUUUGCAAAGAGCAAUGGGAGUGGGGAACAAGGGGAAUCCCAGGGAGCUCCCUAGUUUGUCUCUUCGAGGAUUGCUUGCUGGAAGGAAGAUUCUUAUUGUGGAUGACAAUUAUGUGAACCUUAAGGUAGCUACCGGUGCUUUGAAAAGAUACGGAGCUGAUGUGGUCUCAGCCGAGAGUGGUGAGAAGGCGAUCUCUUUCCUCGAGCCUCCUCACACGUUUGAUGCCUGCUUCAUGGACAUCCAGAUGCCUGAGAUGGAUGGCUUUGAAGCUACAAGAAGAAUAAGGGAAAUGGAAGAUAAUAUCAAUGUUCGAAUUCAAAAUGGAGAUGUAUCAAUUGAAGCAUGUGGAAACAUCUCGAAUUGGCAUGUACCCGUGUUGGCAAUGACAGCUGAUGUCAUCCAGGCGACACAAGAGGAAUGCUUGCGCUGUGGGAUGGAUGGAUAUGUUUCCAAGCCGUUUGAAGCCGAACAAUUGUAUCAGGAAGUUUCACGUUUUUUCACAAGUUAACUUCCGAUGAAAUGUACAGAGAGAACUUCUGAAUGAGCUAAGAGCUCAAUCAGCAGCAUAGGUCCUUGGCCAGUUCAGAAGCUGCUCAGAUGGGAUUACCAUAUUUUGCCCCCACAGUGAGUAAUUCUUGAACCUGGAUGAACAAACACUUGAUGCAAGUUUCAUGUUCUCCACUCAUCCUGAUACUAUUAUCUCAUGUUCCUUCUCGAAAGCUUCUGAUCCGUGGCAUUGUUGUACAUAAGAGCCAUGGUUAUUGAUUCGGUAGAGCUCGAGCUUCCAUCCCAUCGUAGAGUUGAAGCAUCAUUUUCCUUGUGAAGCUGGAUAAUAUCUCCCCGCCAUUCAGAAGUUUCAAUUACAGUAGAGUCUAUGUGCAGAGAGCAGAAAGUUGCUGUUAGAAUAGGCGGCGAUUCGAGCAAGUCUGCAAGUAUAUGAAGAUAAAUCUCCUUUUGUAGCGUACUAGUGUACCCAAUGUUUGUACCAUAGAUUCCAGUUGAAGCAAUGAGAAACAGAAAGAUAGCUUUCGUUUCUUCCCCCUAGCAAAGUAGAGAGAACUGUAUCUUGUAUAUGUGUUUUAGAAAGUUGUCAAAUCUCUAGACUAGACUGUUUGUUUUUGGCUUGAGUUUAUUUUUGUAGUCUGUAAGAUUGCCAUUGCUAUGAAUUUGAGGUGGUGUAUAAUUGUAUAGAUGUGUAAAACUAAGAUCCAGAUAUCUUCUUAUCAUCUCCCAUUUGUUUCCUGGAUGCAAAAGCAAGAGAGCUUUUGCAGAUGUAUGCAGCAGGGAAAGGGGCACUGAAUCAAAGCCAUUAGAAAUUUUGAUGGGAAUCACCUGGCAAGUAUAAACUGCAGUAUAAUACCCAAUGUGAUUCUCUUCCCAGGAAUCCUAGAUGAGGUAGACCAUAUGCUUCAAUUAUUGUGAGUGGAC